AGUGUAGGAGAACAUUUCUGAAUUUCCACAGAGAGGGCGUUGCUGGAUAAGUGUCAUCGGCGAACGUCAAUAAAAAAUCUCGAGUCGCAGAAGCAACGUCAAUAAAUCGCGAAAAAGAAUCACCUGAAAGAUGUUUCGAGCACCACUGGCCAGGGCUCUGACACUGGGAUCUCCCACAAGGGCGGCCAGUGCCGCCGUGAGGGGAUCAGCCACGAGCGCUACGGCUCCGGCCAAGGCUCCGGAGAAGAUUGAAGUGUUUAUCGACGAUAAACCUGUCAUGGUUGAUCCGGGAACCACGAUUCUUCAGGCAGCGGCUCUGGUUGGAGUUGAAAUUCCUCGGUUUUGCUACCAUGAGCGCCUGGCAGUGGCUGGCAAUUGCCGGAUGUGCCUGGUGGAGGUGGAGAAGAUGCCCAAGCCAGCUGCUGCUUGUGCCAUGCCAGUGAUGAAGGGCUGGAGAAUCAAAACGGACUCCGAGAUGACACGCAAAGCCCGUGAAAGUGUCAUGGAAUUCCUGCUGAUGAACCAUCCCUUGGACUGUCCGAUCUGUGACCAGGGAGGUGAGUGUGAUUUGCAGGAUCAGGCCAUGGCUUUUGGCUCCGAUCGAUCACGCUUCACUGACAUCGAUCACACGGGAAAGCGCGCUGUGGAGGACAAGGAUAUCGGCCCCUUGGUGAAGACCAUCAUGACCCGGUGCAUCCACUGCACCAGGUGCAUUCGCUUCGCUUCCGAAGUGGCUGGAGUGGAUGAUCUGGGCACCACGGGAAGGGGCAAUGACAUGCAAGUGGGCACGUACGUGGAGAAACUCUUCAUGUCUGAACUGUCCGGAAACAUCAUCGAUCUCUGUCCAGUUGGAGCUCUCACCAGUAAGCCCUACAGCUUCGUGGCACGCCCCUGGGAGAUCCGGAAGGUAGAGAGUGUGGAUGUUCUGGAUGCCAUCGGAAGCAAUAUUGUGGUGAGCACCCGAACGGGAGAAGUGUUGAGAAUCCUUCCGAGAGAGAAUGAGGAGAUCAAUGAGGAGUGGCUGGCAGAUAAAUCUCGUUUCUCCUGUGAUGGUCUGAAGCGCCAACGUCUCAUUGCUCCCAUGCUGCGAAUGGCAGGAGGAGAAUUGCAGCCAGUUGAAUGGGAAUCUGCUCUGGUGCAGGUGGCCAAGAGGAUUAGGGGCGCUGAGGGGAAGGUGGCUGGAGUGGCUGGUGCCCUGGCGGAUUGUGAGGCCAUGGUGGCACUGAAAGACUUGCUGAAUAGAAAUGGAUCGGAAGUUUUGUGUACAGAACAGGGAUUCCCAAUGGAUGGGUCAGGAAGUGAUUUCCGAUCAAAUUAUGUACUAAAUGCAUCAAUUGCAGCUGUCGAGGAGGCUGAUCUUGUGCUGUUGGUGGGUACAAAUCCCAGGUAUGAGGCACCUCUGUUGAAUACUCGUCUGAGAAAGGGUUAUGUGCACAAUGAGCUGAAUGUGGCUGUUGUGGGUCCCAAAGUGGAUCUUUCGUAUGAGUAUGAACAUUUGGGAAGUGAUGGGAAUACCCUUUCACAGAUUCUGAGUGGAAGUCAUCCAUUUGCAGGGAAAUUGAAAGCAGCGAAAAGGCCUUUGAUUAUUGUGGGAGCUGAUCAGUUGACCAGGAAGGAUGGGAAGGCAAUUUUGGGGAAUUUGCAGGCAUUUGCUAAUCAGCUGCAGCAGGGGAAGGGGGAUUGGAAGGUAUUUAAUGUUUUGCAGAGGAAUGCUUCACAGGUUGGUGCUCUUGAUAUUGGGUAUCAUCCGGGAGUUGAGAAGAUCAAGGAGAGUCAGCCAAAGGUUGUUUUUCUGCUGAAUGCUGACAGUGGGACUGUGACGAGGGAGAAUCUGCCCAAGGAUUGUUUUGUGGUGUAUCAGGGACAUCAUGGGGAUGCUGGAGCUCAGAUGGCUGAUGCUGUUCUUCCGGGAGCGGCUUAUACGGAGAAGCAGGCGACUUAUGUGAAUACCGAAGGUAGAGCUCAACAAACCCUGCUGGCAGUUACGCCACCGGGAAUGGCCAGGGAAGAUUGGAAGAUCCUUCGAGCCCUAUCUGAGAUUCUAAGUACGCCACUUCCGUAUGACAAUCUCGAUGAGAUUAGGGCGAGAAUGGAGGAUAUUGCGCCACAUUUGGUGCGUCAUGGGCACCGUGAGGAGAACAAUUACACUAAGCAGGCGUCGGAACUGACCAAAGGAACAGCACAGAUCAGUGGAGCUAUUGAUGUUGCCCAAAAGAGCUUGCAGGAUUACUUUAUGACCGAUCCCAUUUCCAGGGCAUCUCCAACAAUGGCCAAGUGCAUAGCGGCCGUUAAGAAGGUCUCAUCCUAAGCCUGCUGUUUUUUUGUAGAGAAAUUUUAACUAUCUGCGAUUAGUUCCAAUAAAAAUCUUUCAAAUUAAAGACUCCCCUGAGACUAGAGAAAA